AUGGCUUCUCUUGCCCCAAGCGCCGUCGAUGUCAACACGGAGACUAUAGUGGUGGCAUCUUGUCUAGGCGGAGGCCUGCUCCUCGCUACAGCUCUCAUCGUAACAAUCAUGAUUGUGAAGAGGAGGGCGCGGCUGAGGAAGCUCCAGGAGAAGGAUCUCAAGAUGGAGGCCACCAAGGCCUGGGCAAGAGAAGGCGGUGGUAAGCUUUCUAUAACCUUGAUAGGCGGAAUCACUUUCAACCUGGUGGAAGAUUAA